UUCCUCAUUCUCUGCAGCUUCAGCAUCACACACACACGCGCACACACACACACACACACAGACACAGACACACCGGACUACCUGCCUAACUAGCGGACUACCUACCGGUCCCCCCCGCCCCCAACCCUGCAGCCCCUCUCUCAGACUGGUCGUCACCGUCUGCCGGAGAGACUGCGGAUUUUACCCUUCAUCCUCCCGGAGGAUCCAGCGACACACACUCUGAUUACUCCCGUUCUCAGAGAGCAUCCUCUGGAGUGAUAUCUGUCCGAGAGUCGGUCGGUCUGCCCCGGGUAACUGCAGAGAGCAACAGCCUCCACACAGGUAGAACGAGCUUCACAUCGAGCUGCAGACAUGGAUGAGUGGGACGUUCCUCAGAUGAAGAAGGAGGUGGAGAGCCUCAAGUACCAGCUGGCCUUCAAACGGGAGAAAUCCUCCAAAACAGUGACCGAUUUGGUGAAGUGGAUAGAGGACGGCGUCCCCGAGGACCCCUUCCUGAACCCGGAGCUGAUGAAGAACAACCCGUGGGUGGAGAAGGGGAAGUGCGUGCUUCUCUAGAAGAAACCCCGACCGCCACCGCCGCCACCUUUCAACUCUGACACAGAUGUUCCCCCCCGCCCUCCUGUCCCGGCCUUUAACUAAAAAAAACAAACUCCUAACUUUUUCACCGUGAAUGUAAAACAGCUCCCCUCCAACACGCACUCACACACACUCCGAACUCUGGGUGUUUCCCCCCACACACACUCACUGCAAUGCAUUAUUACUAUGAUAUAUGACGAAGAUGAUCAAUAACCCUUUACACGUGUCUGUAGGAUAUACAAUGACUUAUUUAUGCAGCUGCCAGUCACACGCUUUCUCUCCUCUUUUAUAAUCUACGUCUUUCUGCCAUUUCCUUUGAUGAGUUGUGAUAAACUAGUGAGAGUAGUAGUGAGAGUGAGAUAGAAAGCACUUGCUCUUAAAAAUAAUCCCACAUUUUCAAUUGAAAGGUAAUAGAAACAAUGCUUUUAACUGGUUUGACUUUUAACAACUUGUGACACCAGUUAUAAACUAAGGAUUUGCUCCUGUUGGCCCACAGAGGAUGGUUUGGAUGGUCCCAAAGACAGCGAUCGUAUCGCUCCUGAAGCUUUUUAAUAUAGCCAAUUAACACCAGAAGAACAAGAGCUUGCUAGCUAGCAAUCCCUACAUGUAAGCUAACACAAACACAUGUACAAUUCAUGCUUAGAGCUGCCUAACAUCAGUGGACUGGUGCAGGGAUGAGGAGUUUUUGUGAUGCCAACAUGAAAGCUAGCAUCACAAAGGUUCCACUACAAAAAGCCAGGGGGAUUUCUCCCUGUGAUUUUGGAUUAUUGGCAAAGAAACGUUUACGAUAUUUAUACAUUUAGUUCAGCAGGAUAAUCUCUAACAAAUUAACACCGCUUUAUGAUUUCUGAAGUAAAAAGGUUACGGCUUUAAAGCUGAAGCUAAGGCUAAGCUAAAGGCUAAGCUAAAGGCUAAGCUAAAGGCUAAGCUAAAGGCUAAACAACUGCCAUUUGUUUUAUUUACUGACGUAUUUUAUUUCAUGCUGGCAACCAAAACCACAUUAAGAAAACUAUUGACUUCCAGACGAGCAAGUGCAGAAAUGCUAACUCAUUUCCAGGUUUAGGACUCAUUCCUGCACCACUCCAUCGUCUAAAGGUUUUAAAGGGGCCUAAUCGGGAGGAUAAAGUCUUGUUUGUGAACAUCCAGAGGAAGGUUCAGAUGCAUGCAGGGGGCAGUUCCUCGGUCUGCAGCGUUGACUCGUACAGUUUCAUACGUAGUUUCAUUUCACACAUGCACGGUUAUUACAUCCUGAUAUCUGCGGUGUUGUUCAGCCUCACUGUCAUUAGCUCUGAAUGUUUGUGUUGUCGGAGCAGAAUGGUCUCUGGGGGUGGGGGUAGUUUACUCCUCCUUAGCUACAGCCCCUGAAGACAACCCUCAGCAUCAAACACACCAUGCACACACUACAUUCCUCUCCACACUCACAGACCCUUUAACGUAUUAACUUAUUGACCGCUUUAUUUAUUUAUUUAUUUAUUUAUCUCUUACCGUAGUUUUUGUGUCCCUCUUCCUCAAACCCCGAAACAAAGACUACACCUUGCCAGAUCACCAUCUACUACUGCCUUGUACACAGUUUCCUUAAAACGAGAAUGUAAAUACGUGGCACGAUAACCACUGACCUCACAACUGGCCUGUGUUUGUGUGUGUGUGUGUGUGUGUGUGUGUGUGUGUGUGUGUGUGUGUGUGUGUGUGUGUGUGUGUGUGUGUGUGUGUGUGUGUGUGUGUGUGUGUGUGUGUGUGUGUGUGUGUGUGUGUGUGUGUGCUUAUCUAACUGCAGGUUUUUUUUGGUGCAUACAUUUUGGACAUGAGGCUCCUUUGUGGAUUGAGAAGCACACAGACCCUUACUGUACAUGCACACACACACACACACACACACACACACACACACACACACACACACACACAAACAGGCCUGAGGACGCACACACACACACACACACACAGUUUAUUGAGAGUGUGUAUGAGAGGAGGAGUGGCAAGGAUGUGGGAUUCUCUAAAUGCCCGGGGACAGGGGCGCCUCACAUGGUCUCAGUGCUGUAAUGAGUCUCAUUAUAUAACAUGACCCCGAUCCCUGAAGGCCGUCAGCGCUCGGACGGCUUUAAGAUGUAACCGACAACAUUUAACACUCCUUAAACAAUCAGUUUAAUAAAAAAUGUUCCCUCCUUUCUGUCAAACAUGUCAGAAAAUAGCAAAUUCUCAAGAUUUAUUUAAGAUUUUAUUUGGGAAGUGCAAAUGUCAAAUGGUGUCGCUUUAAAUGAAAGAUUUCCAGUGCGACGACACGCAUAUAUGCAACUCAUCAACUCUAAAAGGAGCCUUUGUAAAGACCCUAACCUCCCCUGGUUUCAGACAUUAUGUUUUAUUUAAUUUAAAUAGUUUAGCUGUUGGAAAGUGUGUUGACAAUAAAGCUUUGAAUAUAGCCUUGUAAUUUCAUUCUAAAUGCAUGUACUGUAGGGGGGGGGGGGGUCCAAGGUACAAAGGAGGUUUUCCAGAGCUUGGUGUUUAGUUUUCUCCCUCCUCCAACUUGAUUUGAGUUUAACACCUUAGGGAACAGCGACGAAUAAUGUCCCAAAGUACGUGAGAGGAUUCCUGAGUCCGCCUGUCCCUUCUCUGUUUCUCUGUUCGGCAUCUGUAACUUGUACGGUUUGUUUUUAUAUAACCUGAACGUGCGUACGUAUGUAAGUUAUUACUAUUAUUAUAACGACAGCAUAAAAUCUUGUCUAAAUAUCUAGCAACAUAACCCUUGUGAGAGUGCUUUGGAAACAAUAUUAUGCAUCAGAUCAAGUCCUAGUGCAACGAUAACGAUGAGCAAUAAAUUAAAGAUCAUUUUUUAUUGAAUGUUUUACAAAACAUUUAUCUUAUUGAAUA